GAGAGAACCAUGGUGGGGCGGGGGUGAGACAGGGUAGGAGGAGAUUGAUGUGAGCAUCAACAACAGCACCGACCAGCUGGGCCGAAUGGCCUGUUUCCAUGGUGACAUCCAUCGCAAACGCAUGGAGAAGGACCUACUGGAACUCCAGACCCUGAUCGAUGCCCAUUUCGAACAGAGGAAAAAGGAGGAAGAGGAACUGAUCUGCCUGAAGGAGAGGAUUGAACACAGAAGAGCAGAGAGAGCUGAGCAGCAGAGAGUCCGUGCGGAGAAGGAGCGAGACCGUCAGACCAGGCUGCUGGAGGAAAAAACUCGCAAGGAGGAAGAAGAGGCCAAGAAACGUGCAGACGAUGAUGCCAAGAAGAAGAAAGUUCUUUCUAACAUGGGUGCACAUUAUGGUGGUUACCUUGUUAAGGCAGAGCAAAGACGAGGCAAAAAACAGACCGGGCGUGAAAUGAAGAAGAAAAUUCUGGCAGAGAGGCGUCGGCCUCUCAAUAUCGAACAUUUGAAUGAUGAGAAAAUGAGAGAGAAGGCCAAAGAGCUGUGGGAAUGGAUGCACCAGCUAGAGUCCGAGAAGUUUGACUUGAUGGACAAACUGAAAAGGCAGAAGUACGAGAUUAAUCUCCUGCAUAAUCGUAUCAACGAGCACCAGAAAUUCAAGAAAGCAGCAGGCAAAGGCAAGGUUGGAGGCCGCUGGAAAUAAACGACAGACUAUAUUGGAACCGUGUUCAGGGGUUAGAGGCCAUGAAGCUAAAGACAAAGAGAUGCUUCCUGACUUUGCUCCUAUGCUUUUUCCAUGGCUACAUGUCAGAACUGUGUGUUUCUAUCAUCAGAUGAAAUAGAAUCUCCUCAACCUGUCCCUUUCCCUUCAAAGCUUCAAUAAAUAAAGUACUAAAUUA